CAAGGAGCGCAAUGAAAUAUGGCGACGAUUCCAGCAUUGAUUGCUCGCUGCAGCUCAUGCUCCGUUACACCGAUACUGGUUUGCUCCGGCUGACCACAGCGAGGUCCAGCAUGGGCCCAUGAGAUUUCUCGCACUGUGACACCACUUGUUUCCCCUCUCUUUCAAAGCCCGAACUGUACAAUCGACUCCGUUUGUGGGGGGGAGGUCGAUUCCACGGGCUAAAAACAUACCUUUCUUACAUACAGUCCUAGCAGCAGUCGAUAUUUGCUACGAAUUCAACUCAGCAGUGGACCAGUCAGGCAUCAAAAGGUGCAAUCACCUACUCGAACCAAUCUACGGCCGCCCGAUUUAUCAAUAUGGCCCAUGUCGGCGACCUGCCCCCAGUCCAGCGCCAUAUCACGACGCACCGCUCAGAUGGCAAAGCUGUCUUCGACACCUCUAUCCCAACGGAAUCGAAGACGGCUGCCCUUCCCGACAACAUGGGAUUUGCACUCAGCUAUGCCACAUCCGGCUUCCCCAUCUCGCUCUCCUCCUCCAACGACAUCGCAACAUACUACGACUACCUCUCCUCCCCACCGGGCCUCUCCAUCUCUAAUGGCAGCGUGCUACGCCAUGUAGAUUUCGCGCCGGGCAUGACUUCUGCCAUGCACCGAACGGUGAGCCUAGACUACGGCAUCGUGCUGGAAGGGGAGAUGGACUUGGUGUUGGACUCCGGAGAGGAGAGGCGGAUGAGACGGGGGGAUUGUGCGGUACAAAGAGGUACGAUGCAUUCUUGGAGGAAUGCGAGCAAGACGGACUGGGCUAGAAUGGUAUUCGUGUUGCUUCCGUGUGAGCCAAUACUUGGAGACGAUGGAAAGCCGUUGGGGGAGGAGUUGGACACGUUCGAGGGCGUGAGGGCAUCAAGCUGAAGGCAUAUGUGGCGCCAUACCAUUGAGGAUGUUAAUAAUAUCAAAUCGAGACUUGUUGAAUAAGUACCAAAACGGAAAGGUGGUGGAAUGUAAAGUCGGGACUCGGGAGACAUCAGAUAUCCGGAUCGGAUGUAAAAUGCAUGUGUUGGCCUUAUUGCCUUUAGACAACCUGCACG